AUGUAUCUGUUUCUUUGUCUAGGAAAUCUAAUAAUCACACAAACAUUUGGUCCGACCCGAGACAUCAGCACAGCAGUCGCCUACCACAGCACCACCGAUGCAGCCAGCUUACAUAACAUUUUAGUAAAUCCAAUGUGCAAUGGAUUUCAAAUGUCAGUUAAGAAAUCUAUAGUAGCUGCCUGUUCAAUCAAUUGGGUUGGAGAGAAUUUGGCCCACACACAAGGUAAGGAAAAGCUUGUACAAAGAAAAAUAAACGAAACAGGGAAAUUAAAACCUGCCCCUUAUUUGGACUUCGCUAUAUAUUUCGGCAUAAUUAACUGGGAGGGUGUUUUAAAGCAAUAA